UAGAGCUUAGAGGGCUAACUAGCUGGCAAUAUUAAAUCGAAUAUCAAAAUUGAUGAAAAUGAUUUUCCUUGGUAAAUUUACGGUAUAUUUUGGUGAUGGUCCGAUGGUCUGACGGUAUAUUUUAUCGGCCCAAUAUAUGGCUGGCAAACAUUUUUUGGAACUGAGGCCAAUGGCGUUAAAAUAUAUUGAUAUUGGGGCCAAUCUUACGGAUGGCAUGUUCCAGGGCUGCUACGGAGGCUCCCAGAAGCAUGUGGCCGACUUGGACGUCGUUUUGAAACGUGCCUGGAAGCAGGGUCUGCAAAAAAUUAUCAUUACUGCCGGCUGUCUUAAAGAUGUGGACGAGGCUCUGGAACUGACCGCGAAAGACGAGCGCCUCUUCACCACAGUGGGUACGCAUCCCACUCGUUGUUACGAGUUUUUGCCGGACCCGGAGGGCUAUCACAACCAGCUCCGCUCUAAGAUUGAGGCAAAUCAGGACAAGGUGUGUGCCAUUGGAGAAUGCGGCUUGGACUACGAUCGCCUGCAUUUCUGUGGCCAGGAGACACAGCAGUUGUACUUUGAGAAACAGCUGAGUCUGGCAGCCGAGUUCAGGCUGCCGCUCUUCCUGCACAUGCGAAAUGCUCACUCGGACUUCAUGGCAAUCUUGGAACGCAAUCGUGACAAGCUCAAGGACUGCGGAGGCGGAGUCGUUCAUAGCUUUACAGGCACGCUGAAGGAGGCACAAAGUAUUCUGGCAUUCGGUGGUCUCUACAUUGGGGUCAAUGGCUGCUCUCUGAAGACUGAGGAAAACGCCGAAGUAGUCCGGCAGCUGCCCAAUGAUCGCAUAAUGCUGGAAACCGACUGUCCAUGGUGUGGCAUACGCCCAUCGCAUGCGGGCCAUAAGCAUGUGAGUGCAAAGUUUCCCACUGUCAAGAAGAAGGAGAAGUGGACAGCCGAAUCUUUGAUAGACGGACGCUGUGAGCCCUGCCAGAUCAGCCAAGUUCUGGAGGCCGUUGCGGGCAUUAAGCAGGAGCCGAAGGAGAAGCUGGCCGAGAUCUACUAUCAAAACACUUUGGAUCUGUUCUUUAGCGGAAAAGAGAAAACCAGAACGGAAUAAAACCAAUUGACUUUACAUUCAAUGCGUUUACAUAUAUUUUAUUAUUGUUUCUCAUGUCUAAAUGCAAAUGAAUUGAAAAAUACGCUUUACAAUUUGGAUUUGCUUGAUACUCUUAAUACGUUCGUUAAUUUUCAGUUGAUACAGGGAAAACACGUUACUUUUAAGAUUCACAUUUAGAUUUGUAAAUAAUUGUUGCACGUUACUAUGUUAAUUAACUGUGGUGAUUAUGCAUUUAUAUGUGUAUGUAUGUAGAAUCGAUCGCCAAAAAAUAUAUAUAUGUAUGCCCGUACUCGUAUGUAUUCGGAUGCCACAAAUUUGUAUAUGCUCUCUAGAGUCUAGACUAAUGGAGUUUUAUAGCUUAGUUAUUGCCACAAUUUUUGUUACCAAGUUUGCCAAUAGUCUGAUCAUUGAUCAUUGGUGAAGCCUUAAAAAGCGUAUAUACAAAAUAUUUUGUAAAUAUUUAAAAAGUCUAUUAACUAGCAUACAUAGUACAUAAGUAGAACGAGUUUGGGUAUUAAAAAGUUGUUGUAGUUUAAGGGUAGUAAAUGUGUUUAGUUACGAGUGUGUCUUGGGGCUAAGUACCUGUUCAUUAAAACCGAAAUAUAUAUAAA